AUGCUUAAUGGUGACAUAUUGCAUAUGGAAGAUAAUGAUCUUCGAGAAGCUUUCAUUCUAUUUGAUGUAAAUCGUGAUGGUCGAAUAACUGAAACUGAAUUAGAAUCUGUUCUUGGAUUUCUUGGUGUAAAAACAACACGAGAUGAAGUACGUCGAAUGAUUCAAGAUGCUGAUUGUGAUGGGAACGGUACGGUUGAAUUUGACGAGUUCUUAAGAAUGAUGCGCAGGUAUUCUCAAAAUCAACGACCAAAAUCUUCUGAUGAUGAACUUCGUGAAGCCUUUAAUGUAUUUGAUCAAAAUGGUGAUUCAGUCAUUGAUUUUAGUGAAAUAAAACAAACAAUGCAUUUUUUGGGUGAAGCAGUCACUGAUGAUGAAGUACGUCAAAUGAUUAAAGAAGCCGAUUUAGAUAAAAAUGGAUCAAUUGAUUUUAGAGAAUUCAAAAUGAUGAUGAAAUCACUACGGUCACGUGAUGGUAAAAAGAAAAAAUCGAAAUAAUCCUUUUUCUAUACUCUUUUUUUUAAAGAAACAUCUAAACCGUUUGCUUCUUAUUGAUUCACUGUAAAACCAAACACCUUUCUCAUUUGUCUAUAAAAAAGGAAUUGAAAUAGAAAUGAAACUUUCAAAUACUCAAUUAUAUACACAUAACUAUAUAUAUAUAUAUAUGUAUAUAUCUAUUAUUGAUAUAAUGAUCAUAGUAACAGUUAACCUGACAACAACGGAUACCAUACAUCUAUAUCCUAUCGUUAUUGCUAUAGUGAUUAAUAUAAGAAGAAUUACAUUUGAUCAAAAGUCUAUAAACAGUACCAUAUUUUUCACGUAUUUUUUAUAUCUAUGUAUGUAUGUAUGGGUGAAUGAAUGAAUAUUCUUAUUAUAGUGUAAAAAGACCUGGAGAAAUAUCUGCUUCCAUCACUCAAUAUUACACACACACCCUCACACACGUGCAAAUUAUUUUGACUACAUGUCUAUAUGCUUCAAUGGGAACGUACGUGCCCAUAUUCUUUAAUCCUUAUUUUGUUAUACUUAAAGUAUCUGUUAUUGGAUUUAAUGAUUUUUUUUUCUUUUUCUUCUGUUUUUCUCUUUGAUUUUUCUUCAUUUCAUAAUUGUUUCUAUCUUACUUAUUAUUAGAUAUAGAUCAUAAUAACUAAUCAUUUUUAACUUGUUUACAAGGGAGUAGUUGUUAUGGGAUUUCAUUCAUAAUGUUGGCUAUCUGAUUGAAUAGAGAAGUUAUGUUUGUGUUUUUUUUUCCCUCUAUAUUUCAUAAAUAAACAUUCUAUCUCAACUUUAAGUAUACAGAUGAUAUUCAAAAAGAUCCAACAGUUUCUUGUCAGUGUCAUCAUCAUUAAAAUUCAUCUUUAACCCAACAUUGUUCAGAGUGCAGAUUUACUGUACUGUAUUACUGUGUUUUUCAAUUUUUCUAUACUCACGUUUGUGAGUGUGUGGGUGGAUUGGUGGUUGCACGUACAUCCGUAUGUCGAGUUUUACUGAAGAUCUCUUCCUCAAAAGUAAUCUAUCCAUAUUGGUUUGUUUUUUUUUUUUUCAAAUUAUUUUUCCCAUGUGGAUAAAUGUUGUUUUACAAUGAGACCUGUGAUUAUUAUUAUCAUUAGUACUGUUAUAUAAAACCAUAUUUUCUUCUGGUUCAUUGUCUUUUUCUCCCUUUUUUAUUAUGAUCACAACGGUAAAAAAAGGGUUCAUCCGAUCGUUGCUAAUUUAUUCUUUCCUCUAUAAUACAUCUCUCUCAUCACAUUAUGUCCAUCAUUGUUUAUUCUUAAGAUUCAAUCAUUAAACUUAAUGUUUCCUCUGUUGAUCUACAAACACAUCAAUGAACAAAAUAUUGUUGAGAAACGUUUCCUUACGAAAUUCUAUGAUGACAGUUACAACAAAUAUCAUUUCAAUAACAGUUUUUUUUCCCUAUUCAUUGAACUGUUAUUAUCAUUAGUACUAUCAUUACUCAUGAGUUAUUAACUACUAAUUAUCGUAUAUCAGUAGUAAUAGUAGCAGUACUAGUAAUAAUAGUGGCAGUAGUAUUACCAAAUAUAAACGACCAUUACGUAAAAAAAAGACCAAACAACAUUCCAAAAAAAUUUUUUAAAAAUUUGCAUCUUAGAUCUUUACAAUAGAAAUUAAAGACAGUAAACUAGUUCUUGUUCUUCUUCUUCUUCUUUUUUUUUCCAUUCAACCAUUCAUUUUGCAUGUUUUCACAUGUGCAUGUUUACUUAGAUUUGUGUGUUUUCUAACUUAGUUUUUUGUUUAUCAAAUUUUUGAAAUUCUCAUUAUUAAAAAAAGAAAUCAAAAUGGAUAGAAUUUAAGAAGAAAACAAUCCAUCAUGAAUUGAUUAGUUCAUUUUAAUAGAAAUGUAGUAGUAGUUAAAAUGUAGUAGUACACUUCCUCCUCCCUCCCUCUCUCUCUUUUCUCAUUUUCAAACAGUUCAUCUUCAGAUAAUUUUGAGCUGAGAAUGGGAGAGGUUUCUUUCUGUCUUCUAUCAUAUCUUGUACUGUUCAUUGAACAUUAUCUUUAAUUUUAAAAGAAUUUGUACACUUCAUUAUUACUCUUCUCAAUUGUAUCCUAUGGUCACAUGAUUUUUUCUCUUAACAGUCAUCUUUAUGAUCAUUCUAACAUAUACAUGCAUACAGACUAAGAUAAUACUUGUGUGUAUUACCAUUAUAAAAAAAAAGUUGCUAUGUAAAUCCUCUACUAUGAACUUCAGCUAAUAUAAUAAGGACCACUAUAUAUUGUUUCCAAUCAAAUAAUCAUCUCUUUCUCCUUAUUUGUGUUUCUAUGUAUGUGAGUGCGUGUGUAGUUGAGAGAUUAACUCCCCCCUUCAUCCAUUAAUGAUUAUUAUUAUUAUUUCAUUAUUAUUGAAUCUGCUCAAUGAAUGAAGAAUAUAAACAAAAUGAUUAAAACAGUAUUCUUCAUUCACAGAAUUAUCUCUUUGUAGUGAUUUUAAUUGUAUCCUUUUUGGGUUUCUCAACUUUUUAUUUUCAGUUUGUUUGUUUUGUUUGUUUUUUUUGUUAGAAAAAAAGAAACAAUUCGAUUGAUUGAUUAAUUUGUCUUUGUAUUUGUUUUUCGUUAAAAUUGGUAGUCGGGAAGAAAAAAAAAGAAAUUUAGACAUCUUGUCGAUCGUGUCCCCCUGAACUAUUGAGCUGAUUAUUGGUGAACAUAAUAUACUACCCCCAGAUGCCCUGGUACGGCGGAAAGCGGGGAGAGUCCGCUCUCCCUCUGUAAAUACUUUCACAUGGCCACGUGUAUAUAGCC